GCCCGCCCUGGGGGCGGUGGCUCGGCGGGGCCCGGGGCGAGUCCAGACGCGGCUCUGGCUUAGACAGUCCCUGGCUAGCCCCGGGCUUCCCCCGCUUCCCAGCAUCGGCAAAGGCAGCGGACCUGCCUGUGCUGAGGCAUUGGUUAUUGCAGAGAUCUUGCAGUGAAGGAGAUGCUACCAAAAUUGAUUAGCUCAAAUUUGAACCUACCCUGAAAUGUAUACAACAUAAGAAGAAAGGCCUGCAAGAUUGUUAAUCCCAGUAUCUCUGUUGGAUGAACUACUUGCAAGAAACCCCCGAGAACUGGAUUUGUUUGUCAAGAUGGUCGUUCUCUCAAAGGAAUACGGCUACGUGGUCCUGACCGGUGUUGCCGGCUUUAUCAUGAUAACGCACCUCGCUGUGAAUGUGGCGAAGGCACGCAAGAAGUACAAAGUGGCGUAUCCAACCAUGUAUAGCACGGACCCUGAACAUGGACAUCUCUUCAACUGCAUCCAGCGCGCACACCAGAACACAUUGGAAGUUUAUCCCUCCUUCCUGUUCUUUCUAGCCGUGGGCGGAGUCUAUCACCCGCGCGUCGCUGUUGGGCUUGGCAUCACCUGGAUCAUUGGAAGAGUCCUCUAUGCCUAUGGCUAUUACACAGGAGAUCCCGGAAAGCGAAACCGAGGGGUCAUCGGUUCAGCUGCACUCCUCGGAUUGGUGGGCAACACUUUGUACUCAGCCUUCCAGCACCUUGAGUGGGUCUCCAGUGAGUAGCCAGCCUCCAUACCUCUUCACAGCUUUCUGGA